CCGCCUGCCGUCCGCUCCGCUUCUUCCUUCCACCGAAAGCUUCACCCCAAAAGAAGAAAAAAAGGGGAGAGAGAGAGAGAAAGAGAGACGUGUCGAUUUCGCUCCCCUCUUGGCGGGCGCACAUGCUGUUUUGGCGAUGAACAAGGCCAUGUCCAACACCCCCAAUGACUGGAUGCAGUUCUACCAGCAGGACUUCCUCUCCCAGGCUGCCCCUCCCGGCCGCGCCGCCGCCGCCGCCGAGGGCGUCUCCAGCGGCGGCCAGUCCCCGUCCGACGCCGCCGCCGCCACCCCUCCUCCUCCGUCGCCGCGGGCCACCACCCCGCCGCGGCGCUCGGCAACCUGGGGCCUGGCGUCCGCCUGAGCCCCGACGGGGCGUUGCGAAGCCCGUCCGGCGGCGGUCCCGGGCGUCCCGGCGGACCCCGACCACCGUGAUGAACACGGACACCUCCAACUUCCGGGCCCUGGUGCAGCAGUUCACCGGCGGCCCCACCGCGCCCUUCGGCCCGGGGCACGGGCCGGGCGUGCUGAGCUUCAACUUCGGGCUCGGGCCGGGGCAGGCGGGGGUCGGCCGUGCCGGGGGCAUGGGUCCGUCGGGGUUCCACCUGCAGUACCAAGUGCCGCAGCAGCCUCACCAUCAUCACCAGCAGCAAUUAUACCACCAGCAGCAUCCGAGCCAGCAGUACAUGCUCUCUCUAAACAGCAGCGGCCCCGGCGACCUCUCCCUCCAACAUCAAAGGCUCGCGAGCUCGAGGUCGUCGGGAGGAGCCGCUUCCGGUUCCGAUGGGUUCGGCAUGGAGGGCGUCCCUCCCCACCAGGUCUCCUCGAGGCCUCCUUCCUCCUCCUCCGAAGACAACAACAGGGGCAACAACUACAUGUUCUGAGAAAUGAAUACGGUGCACAGACGAUCGAGAAUUCGUCGGAAACAACAUCGGAAGCCUCUUUCAGUUCGGCAUCGCAGAGUUUAUCGCGUUGCCGCAGCUAACUGGAUGAAGGGCUUCUUUUUUUUUUUCUUUUCUCACUUUUUCCCAAGUCUUUAGUCCUCUUCAAGAAUCAUCAAAAUUAUUUUGGGGUUUACUCCUGCUGCUUCGAAUGAGAAUAGGGUUUUUGGCUCACGAAGACAGCGUAGAAAGUUAGGCACUGACUCGCGUUCGGAUUCGGAGAGAGAGGUUGACUUUUUGCAUGUACAUACUGUUUGAUCGACCAAUGGAUUGGCUCCACCUGUUAUUUGUUUUGUUUCGAUGAACGGCAUUAAACUAUCGAUUUAUCAAUACAAUGUCAAUUAUGGUGA